CCGGGGCAGCCGGCCGGUCUUCCUUCUUUCUUCUUGGUUUUGCAACACGAACUCUGUGCGCCCCCACUGACGGGAUUUCCGCCCGGAGUUUCGAGGAGUCUACCUCUGCGCAUCCUUCCCCCGCGCCCCGCGCCCCGGCGCACGGUCUGCAGCUGGAACGUGUCCCCGCGCCGGCCGCGCCGGCAGAGCCGUCAAGAUGGACAAAAAGUCCUUCGAAAUGGUGCUGGACGAGAUCAGGAAGGCUGUUUUGACAGAGUACAAAUUAAAAGCAAUUGAAUAUGUGCAUGGUUAUUUUUCUAGUGAACAGGUGGUGGAUUUACUGAGAUACUUCUCCUGGGCGGAGCCUCAGUUGAAGGCAAUGAAAGCAUUACAGCACAAAAUGGUGGCUGUUCACCCCGCGGAGGUGGUCAACAUCCUCAGCUGCUUCACCUUCAGCAAGGACAAGCUCACCGCUCUGGAGCUGCUGGCCUCAAACAUUGUUGAUGCACAGAAUUCUCGUCCCAUUGAAGAUUUAUUCAGGAUAAAUAUGUCUGAGAAGAAACGGUGCAAGAGAGUACUUGAACAGGCUUUCAAGGGAGGCUGCAAGGCUCCUCACGCUAUGAUAUCUUCCUGCGGGACAAUCCCAGGGAACCCGUACCCCAAAGGGAAGCCCAGCCGCGUGAACGGAGUUUUCCCCGGAACCCCUUUGAAAAAAGAUGGCGAAGAAUGUACCAAUGAAGGCAAAGGAAUAGCUGCGCGGAUUCUCGGCCCGUCCAAGCCGCCGCCGUCUACGUACAACCCGCACAAGCCUGUGCCGUACCCGAUACCUCCCUGCCGGCCGCACGCGACCGUCACUCCAAGUGCUUAUAACAAUGCAGGUCUGGUACCGUUAGCCAGCGUCAUCGCUCCUGGGGUACCCCCUCCACCUCCGUACACGCCUAAUCCCGCAGGAACAGAAAAUGAAGACCUUUCCACUCAGUCAGGUCAUGCACAGAGUCAAACGUUCUCUGCCGCAGCAAGUCAGCUGUUCCCGCCGCACGGUUCUAGCCCGGCAGCGCCUGCAGCCACGCCUGUCCCCACGGCGUCCCCCGUCAAGGCGGCAAGUCACCCAUCCGCAUCGGCAGCCGCCACCGUGUCUGGGCUGAACAUGCUGAGCACGAUCCUCCCUGUGUUCCCAGGGCAGGUGUCCUCGGCCGCGCACACGCCUCAGCCGUCCGUGCCCAAUCCGACCGUGAUCAGAACCCUGUCGUUGCCGGCGGCACCUGUCACCUCUGUGCACAGCACGACGUCUGCGCCCGUCCCGGCCGUCUUUCCUGGCCUCGUCCCGCUGCCGGGCCCUCCCGCCGCUCCUGCCCCCGCCCCUGCGGCCACGUCUGCACCGCGGGCCACUCCUGCGCCCACUGACACCUUCGCUCCUGCCUCCGCCGCGUUCCUCGGCCUCCCCUUCCCCGCCACCUCCACGGCGGCGUCCGCCGGCACCCCGAGUUCUGCUUCCUUGUCCGUGUUCGCCGGGCUCCCCUUGCCCUUGACGCCCGCAUCCCAAGGCCUGUCCAGCGCAGCUCCCUCUGUGAUCGCGGGGGGUGCGGCUCCUGGGGGAGUCUGUCCUCUUGGGGUGAACAGCCCUCUGCUGUCGGCUCUGAAAGGCUUUCUGACCUCAAGCGACGCCACCCUGAUCAGCUCCUCGGCUCUGUCCGCUGCGGUGACGAGCGGGCUGCCCGCCCUCUGCCCUGUCCCCAACCACAGCUCCGACCCUCCUGCGGGGGCCCCGGGCAAGUGCUGUGCCGCGGCCGCCCGGCCCGGCUCCGCCACCGCCACCCCGGGGCUGGCCGUGUUCCCGGGCCUGCCGUCCCCGGUGGCCAACGCCGCUCCCUCUCCGCCCGCCUUACCCGGCCAGUCCCCUCUCGCCACCGCCCCGUCGGCCCUGCCUUCGGGGCCGGGCUCGGGCCCCUCGGCCCCGCUGCUGCCGGGCCCCCGCCCGGGCAGCUCCGACCUGCACGUGGCGCCCAGCCCGGCUGUGGCUGUGACGAUCCCCGUCCCCGUCACCAUCAAGACUGAGCCCACGAGCCCCACCCCCUCGGCCUUCAAAGGCCCGCCCCACGCGGCGCCCUCCCACGGCACUUUAGGGUUGUCAGGGCCGCUGGCUCACGCCUACCCUGCGGCGUCGGUGCCCCUCACUUUACCCACUUGCCUUAACCCCGCGCUGCCGGGCCUGGCCGGCCUGGGCGCCCCCGUGAAUGUCUCCAACCCCCUGGCCUCCGCGCCCCUCCCGCCGCACGGCCCCGCCGCCCCGAUCGCGCCCGUGUUCUCGGCGCUUCCUCCCUUCACCUCCCUGACCACUCACUUCCCUUCCGCGGGGAACCCGCCCCUCAACCCCCCAGCAUCUCUGCCAGGGACUCUGACGGUCACCCCGUCCACCGCCGCGCCCGCCUCCAGCGCGGCUGCGCCCUCAGGGCUCCCCGCCUCCGCGGCCUCGGCCGCGCCCUUCCCCCUGGGCCUGUGCGCCGCCGGCCCCUCCCUCUUCGGGGCGCAGGGGCCCCUGCCCGCUUCCGGCCCCGCCUACCCCGGCUUCUCGGCCUCCAGCGCCCCCAGCGUCACCCCUGCUCUGCCCUCCUUCCCGGGGCUGCAGGCGCCCUCGCCCGUCGCCGCAGUGACCCCGCUCCCUGUGGCGGCCACCGCCCCGUCCCCGGCCCCCGUCCUCCCCGGAUUCGCCUCGGCGUUCAGCUCCAACUUCAACUCGGCGCUCGCCGCGCAGGCCGGCUUAUCAUCUGGACUUCCAGCUGCAGGCAGUUCCGUCUUCCCCGGCCUUCUGUCCCUCCCAGGCGUCCCCGGGUUUUCCCAGAGCUCUGCCCAGCCGAACCUGCAGGGGCUGCAACACAGCGCGGCUGCCCAGUCGGCUCUGCUGCAGCAGGUCCACUCGGCCUCGGCGCUGGAGAGCUACCCCGCGCAGCCGGACGCGUUUCCCGGCUUCCCCUCCACGUCGGGGGCGCCGUUCCCGCUGCAGCCGGGCCUGUCCCAGAGCGGCUGGCAGUGAGCCGCCGGGGGGCCCUGGCCGAGGGGAGAAGAGGCCUCAGACGCGGUUGCGUUUCCAGUGGUUGCGAUGAGCCCCCCUCUGUAAAUAGGCUGCGAUGAAUUGUAUGGGGAAUAAUAUUUACAAAGUGUUUGGGGGCUCUUCACCUCCCGCCUAUGAAAUUCUGACUCGUGUAAGUGAUCUGUGUAGUAAGAAUACUAAAGAGGAGGGUGAACUCUGACAGCCGAAUACAGCCUUAACCUGCUUGUACAGUGCCCACUGGCAGAAGUGAUAGUUGUGCCUCAGACUUAGGGGUAGCAUGUGGCCCUGGGGGUUGCCCCUCGGUGUGCAUGAGUGACCCCAUCCGCAUCAUUGGAACUCAGAACCCACACGUGUUCACUGAAGGGGGCUUGAAACCCACGGUUAUUUUUAAUUUUGGAUAUUAAUGAUCAUACAUGUACUUCUAAAUUUAACUCUAUAUUUAAGUAAGUGAAAAUGGUGCUUAAUACAGUCUUUAGAAUGACUUUCAGGUGUUUUCGACUACUUUCUUACAGAAAUACAAGUAAGGCUUGUGAUAAUUUGCCUUCAGAACUUAAUCUCAGCAAUAUCCAAAUGAGUGAGAAACAUUUGAGUGACCCUGGGCCACCCCUAUUACUCGUAUACUCUGGAAGCUCUGGGUGAAUGUUUACAAUCGUGGGGCGUAUGUUUCUAUUUGUAUUUAAGUCAGAUGCAGAUCUAAGAUAAUUACGUUCGACGAGUGGGGAAGACCUGCUCCGGCAGUGAUGCAGCGUGAACUCAAGAGCCGGUGGCAGUCUCGCCCAUUGAAUGUCAUUAUUAGUACAAGAACUGCCACCUCUGGGGAGGGAGAGGGAGGGUUUCCAGCCCUGGGACUAGGUGUGUGAACUGGAGAAUCUACUGUAGUACAUUUCAGCAUCUAGAAGUUUUACUUUUAUAAAGAUGGUGUUGGAAGAUGUUGCUAAUGUAUUUUCCUUCAACAUGGGGAACAAACUUU